UCCUGUUAAUUUGGAGCAAGUACGCCUAAAGGUAGGCAAACCCCCACAAGCACAAAAACGCAUCGUGUAUAUCGGCAGGUAAAACUGGAAAUGGAACAGCCGAGACGUUGGCAGUGAUUUGUGAUGGACUGUUUCAAUUGUGUUCCGUUUGCAACGAUGCAAAUCCAGAGCAAUAUACAGAGUGUCAACUCCAUCUUCGGCUGCAACUCGUCCGGUCACAGUGGCAUCAACCAGCUUGGCGGCGUGUACGUGAACGGGCGACCGCUGCCCGACUCGACGCGACAGAAGAUAGUCGAGCUAGCGCAUUCCGGCGCCCGGCCGUGCGACAUCUCCCGCAUACUGCAGGUGUCGAACGGGUGCGUCAGCAAGAUACUGGGCCGCUACUACGAGACGGGCUCGAUCAAACCGCGUGCGAUCGGUGGAAGUAAACCGCGGGUCGCAACCGCCGCCGUCGUAUCGAAGAUUGCCGAGUACAAAGCGGAAUGUCCGAGCAUUUUCGCGUGGGAAAUACGGGACCGUCUGCUGUCGGAGGGUACCUGCAACAACGAUAAUAUACCGAGCGUGUCAUCCAUUAACCGUGUGUUGAGAAAUCUGGCCUCCAACAAGGAAACGUCAUCGCAAAGCAAUGAGACGGUGUACGAGAAGAUUAAGCUGUUCAACAACACCAGCGGACACUGGACCUGGUGUCAGAAUAUUGGUAGCGGUCAGUUUAACUUCUCUUCCCAUCCAAUUCCUCACCUGUCACUGAAAACUACCACCGAGCAACCAUCGAAGCCAGCCAACUGUUGUCUGGAGGAGAUGAGCGACAAAUACUCGUCCGAGGACGACGAGGACUCCGAGCUGCGGUUGAAGCUGAAGCGCAAACUACAACGCAACCGUACCUCGUUUACGAACGAGCAGAUCGAAAACUUGGAACGAGCAGAAUUCGAGCGCACCCACUAUCCGGACGUGUUUGCCCGGGAACGGUUGUCCGAGCGUAUCCAGCUGCCGGAAGCACGCAUACAGGUAACUAUACCGUACGAACACGAAGUUGUAGUACGGUAAGCACAAGGUAUCCACAGGUAAUAGCAAUCCGCUUUGAAGUACCGAUUGAUAACCGAUAGCAUAAUUUAGAGUAAGAUAUUCAACGGUUCCAAGAUUACCUAGGUAAGUCAGAUGGUAAAUAUAAAACAGGUGGUGGACCCAUAGAGGAUGCAGCUCUUCGCUCCAUAUCCACUCAAGGUAAGUUGGUGGAGAAAGAGUAUGGACCACUAAGAAUACUACAAGUCGCAGAGUAACUUCGGACUAACCAGCGUGGGAUGUUGAUGACCAACAGUGAGGAGGUAGAUCAAUAUUGAAUCUAACUAAAGCUUUAUUUAUACAGAUGUCUCAUCGGGAAGAUUGCAGAGAUGACAGUUGAGUCCUGAGGCUGGACCUCAAGAAAAUUUUGGAGUAAAUGGCUUUAAUACACUAUAAGAUAAAUAUAUAGACAUCAAAUCAGAA